AUGAAUUUAUAAGUCAAUUUGAAUCCGAAUUUCGAUAAAAAAGAGGAAAGAAUAUCAUAAGAAAGAAAUUGGGAAUAACAAAUUGACAAAUUUGAUGCUUAUCUAGGUAGUAAUGAUCAGACAAAAUACAAUGGAAACGAAAAUAACUCUACAGCUACAAAGAGUGUAAGUAAAGAAAGGAAUCAAUAACAGAGUACUAAACUUAUAUCAAUAUAGGUAAAAAAGGUGAUUCAAAUGGAAUUUGGGGUUAAUAAUAACAAGAAUAAUAUUCUGAGAUGUCUAUCGUAAUAUUAUGUGAUGAAUUGCAAUAAUGCGAAAAUAAAAUCUAAUCUAAAGAUGAAGGAGGCGAAUAUUUAAAAACUAAAUAGACUUUAGGUAAGAAAAAUAAAGAGAAUAAAAUAGGGAAUGAGCAAAAUUAGGUGGAAGGAAUAAAUGAAAUAGUGAAUGAACAAAAUAAGGUGGAAAGAGUAAAUGAAAUAGUGAAUAUACAAAAUUAGGUCGAAGGAAUAAAAGAAACUUUAAAUAGAUUACGAGAUCACCGAAAAAUGUACGAGAAGUAUGCCAAGAAUAAUUCAUCAAUAAAUUAAUGA